UGACAUCAGUUUCCUGUCGUUCACGGUGUGGUGGCGUCCUCGCAAGGAUGCGUUACCCGCAAGGUUUCACGGAGAACGCGGAGUGACUAACGCGAAACCUUCUCGUCUAGAUUUACACUGGGCACUCUGCAAGGUACAAUUGGCGACUGAGCAAGGUACUUCCUUACCAUGCUGGCAUUCCUGCUUUAGAUGCUUUAGAUUGUCAUUUUAGCCUUGGAUAUCAGGCAUGCUCCCAACGCUGAGUAAACGUAGUCACAUUUGAAUCACGUCACGGUUAGAACACUGGCAUACGCUCUACAAGUCUAAAUCCAUUCACUCAUCACGGAAUCCUGAUGCUCCGUGAUUUCCAGUACGGUCUAUCUCAUCAACACUCUUCACGCCAAUACCAGCAAUGCAAAGAUGGAGUUUUUUGUGUCAAUUGUAUCAUGCAUGGAGAUUACGGACCGGCUAUUAGCGAAUGGCAGUGCACUGUAGCCGUAGGGCACACGCGAUCAUUAAGCAAUAUAAUUGGAGGCAUCGUCGUAUCCUCGUACCUGCGUCAACGACCUAUAAAACCGGAUGUUAUUACCUCGGCCCUCUAUUCUGGCGACACCAUGUAUAAUUUCAGAAGUUACCAGCUGUCAACAAAGUUUCCCAUGACGUUUGAGCUAUUUUGCAAGCGACGCAGGUAUCCCAGGACUAGGAACGACUUUCUCUUCCCAGCCCGAACCUGCGGACAUUGCGCAAGCGCCCAGACCUCCUGUCCAGACUUCUUGAGACUGUCGUAUGCGACUCCAGUAUCCGAGCCUCGGUCAUUCAAGGUUACUGUUGAUCCACUUUUUCUAGUCGCUUCUCCAGGACAUAAGGAAGCUUGGGCUUACAGUAAUCCUCCUUCAAUUCCGGGCCUUGAGACAUGGCUGCGGAAUGAACGGAAAUUGCUUUUGCCCUUCUUCCAGUUUUCCUAUACGACUUUUUCCCCGCUACCACACAGCCGGGAAGGAGGCCCGUCGACGUUUGCUCCGGAAUGGCCCUUGAUCCUUUCCGACCAUUUUUUCGCUGAUCCUUCCAGGCUGACUCAUGGGCUCCAAAGCCUCGGUUGCGAGUCCUCUCGGCGUUCUUACCACAAAAGUGGAGGUGUGCCUGUACGAACUAAAUCGGAUCAGAGAAAAUGAGGUGGGCACUGGACUCAACGCAUGGAUGCGAAGAGGUGCAUUUACUGCUGCUUAUUCCCAGCAGCGACUACUGCAGCUGUCGUCAGGGGUCUUCGUGGAGAAAUCAGCUGCGAACCUCAUGCGCCCAGGU